CCGAGCUGCAGCAGCACAGCGGGCUCGCUUCGGCCCUGGCUGCUGUUUUUUAACAGGCGGCCGCGGAGCCCCUGUGAAUUAAUCUGCAUAUUCACACGAUCGCAAAUGACCCGCGGCCGCUGCUCCGGCUGCAGUUGUUCCAGCACCCUCGGCCCGGGCCGGAGCAGCAGUAAGUGUGGACGUCUGUGUAAGUGUGAGAGCAUCAUGGUGGCGUUUAAAGGAGUCUGGACUCAGCCCUUCUGGAAAGCCGUUUCGGCAGAGUUUUUGGCCAUGUUCAUUUUUGUCCUCCUCAGCCUUGGCUCCACAAUCAACUGGGGUGGAUCAGAGAAGCCCCUGCCAGUAGACAUGGUCCUUAUCUCCCUCUGCUUUGGACUCAGCAUUGCAACCAUGGUGCAGUGCUUUGGACACAUCAGCGGAGGCCACAUUAACCCUGCUGUGACCGUGGCAAUGGUCUGCACGAGGAAGAUCAGCCUCGCCAAGUCCGUCUUCUACAUUCUUGCCCAGUGCCUGGGAGCCAUCGUGGGUGCAGGCAUCCUUUACCUCGUCACACCACCAAGCGUGGUGGGAGGCCUGGGAGUCACUGCGGUACAUGGGGAUCUUUCUGCUGGCCAUGGACUCCUGGUGGAGUUGAUAAUUACAUUCCAGCUGGUUUUUACUAUUUUUGCCAGCUGUGAUUCAAAACGAAGUGAUGUCACUGGUUCAGUAGCUUUAGCAAUUGGAUUUUCUGUUGCAAUUGGACAUUUAUUUGCAAUCAAUUACACUGGUGCCAGUAUGAACCCUGCUCGAUCAUUUGGACCUGCUGUCAUCAUGGGGAGAUGGGAAAACCAAUGGGUAUAUUGGGUGGGACCAAUAAUAGGAGCAGUCCUUGCUGGUGCUCUUUAUGAGUACGUCUAUUGCCCAGACGUUGAACUCAAGCGCCGUUUUAAAGACGUCUUCAGUAAGGCUACCCAGCCGUCCAAAGGGAAGUACAUUGAGGUCGACGAUAACAGGAGCCACGUAGAGACCGAUGACCUGAUCCUGAAGCCUGGCAUAGUUCAUGUCAUUGAUCUCGACAGGGGUGAGGACAAGAAGGGAAGGGAUCCAUCCAGCGAGGUGUUGUCUUCUGUAUGACUAGCAAGAAGCACUGAAAGCAGAGAGCGGCCUGCUAGCACAUCCACAGAUAUCCUUCCACCUAUUAAAGAAACAGAUCUCCUCUAGACUGAGCAUCUGCCAUUUCUUAAAAGGUAUGGUGUGGGCAGCUGCAUGGUAGUGUUGCCACCAAACCAUACACCUGCUCAGUUGGAAGAUUAGGACUUUGCUAUAAUUGGGAUUCCCCAUCUAUUAUUCCAGAUUAAGAGUUGUUCCUAGUACUUUCCUUUCCUUUCCUUCUUUCUGGAGCAACCCCAAAGUCAAAAAAAGAGAUGAAAGCAUUCUCCUUUAAUAAAUCAGUCAAUAAUGAGAUAAAAAUAGAGUUGUUUAGCAUUCAGAUUGACAGUUAAGACAUAUGAGGAAAUGCCUAUAGACAUGAAGACCUUUUUAUCAUAUUGUUCUUCUAACACUUAAUCGGCUGUUGUCAGCUCCGAUUAGAACAUCUUAUCCAUUAAGCAUUCUCUUUCAGGGUCCAACACAGCACCAACAGUAUCUAAGAGUUUUAUCCACAGUCAAGCAAAGGAGCACUGCUUCCACUUAUGUACACCACUAUUGUGUGCAGCUACCUUGAAAACUACCUCUGAAAAAUAUUAUACUUUAAUAGGUUUAAAAAAAAAUUCUAUCAACCCAUCGAAUUUCAUCAUGAUUUGCAGUAAAAAUAUAUUACCUUCAUCCCUUCCUGAGAGUAAAUGUGCUGAAAUUGAAUGUUAAAGUCUACUGUAAUAAGGCUGCAAAGCAUUUGACUGUACUUCUUGCUCCCACUUGUCAUUGUCUAUCUGGUGAAACAUUCUCCUGGGGUUUGACUAUUGACCUUUUAGUGUUAGCAGACUCUCAAGGUCAUGCAAAGAAUAUAAAGGCUUUCCUGUUACUUAAUAACUCAUAUAAGAGAUAUCAGAAGAAAAGAAGGCAUAUCUGUUUUCAGUGCACUUGUUCAAAGACACAUUUCUGUGCUAAUUUAUGUAAACUAAAAGUUUAAAUUACUUACCUACUUUCUUACAAGAUGGUUGGAGAUAUGGGGUUUUUAAUUUAUUAGUAAUGUAGAGGGUUUUUAACUUUUAACUGUAUUGAAACACUGAUUGGGAAGUAUUUUUUUUAUAACAGAUGUUAAAAAAAAUGUCUGCUUCUGGCUUUUUGUUGUAACUGAUGCCUAACUAUUUGAACAGGAUCUGUGCUUGUUCCAGUGUUCAUAUAGUCUUGAUUACACCUCUGGCAAAAGUUUCUUUAAUCUGUUGUUAAGAAAAGAUGCAAGCACUUGCAGGGUUUUUUAAGGGGAAAGGGACAUAAAAUUGUUCAGUAAUCAGUCUUUCCCUUAUAGAAGUAUUUUCACAGACAUAAUCACCCAUGUUACACCCAUUUACGUUUCUGUAAAGCUGUUACUGAGUUACUGCUUUUGUUUGUGAUCAGUGGCUUUGAGUUUUACAAUAUGCAGCUGCAGAGCAGUCAGGAGCAUGGUAUUAUUACUGUAACUGUAUAGAUUUUAUUUUGAAAUUGAAAAGCUACUCCUGCCUAUUUAGUAGUAAGAGGGGGAAAAAAAGCAUUAGUCCUGACUGUGGGCUGUAAUAGCCUUGUCUGCUCUUUGACGUACUCUGUAUGCAAUCUUUAUUACAGGGAAUUAGAUGUUUCCAAUGAGAUAAUAAACCACUGCUACACUCAAAUCUGUGCACUGUGAUCCAAAGGCUAUUCUACUGUCCCAACUUGCAGCACUGUAUAGUCCCAGCAUGUUCUGCCAAACUCAUUCUCCUAGUUUGACACUUUUCUUGUCUUAAACUCUGUUAGAGUGUGGCACAAGCUCUCUGUGUUGAGCAUGAGAUUCAUGACUCCAUGCAUUUGCAGUUGGGCCAGGAUCUCUCCCGUGCAGCCCUCAGGCACAUGUGGCAGACACAGGUGCAAGACAGGUAUUCCUUGAGUGACCUAGUGACAGCCCCACUCCCGACACAUGAGCCCUCCCGCCAGACACGCUCCCUCCCCAUCACAUACCUGUUGCAGCAUCACAACAGUCGCUGCCUGUCAAGUCUAGUAAAACAGCUGAUAACUGUCCUUAGUUGUGCCCCACCACAGUGACAGCAUCACGGUUCAGCAUGAUUAGGGAGCUGAAAGGGACAAUGUCAAAUUGCAGAGAAGAGCUCUCCUUCCCACAGCAAGGACUAAGUCUCCUGGGGAAGGGCAACAUGGGUGUGGUGUUUAGACCCCUGCAUACCUCUGCUCAGAUGGGUAAAUACCAUGCUAGAUAGAUUCAGUGACAAAUAUCAAAACUUGUGUGUUGUGGUUUGUUUUUUUUUUUUUUUGUCUAGGCAUUUGAUCUGGCACUUUUGUUUUACUUUUUGUUUUCCCUUCAAAUGCUGUAUUUGUUAAAGGGACACUUUGAUUAAACCUUUUGCAUGGCUUAAACAGCUGAAGUAAAGAGUUAUACAAUAGCACCGGUGGAUUUUUACGAAAAGGUUUGCAUUUUUUUAUUUGAAGACACUCCUUAGAAGCUCUUAAUUUGUGAAUUUUGCAUGGUACUGUGUUAUUUAAAUAAGAAGCUGUGAUUUGUUUUAUGCUUAAGGGUCCUUUAUACAAAUGCCUUGAUGCAUAUUUUCCUCAGCCAGCCUGAUGCUGCUGCUGAGGUGAGCAUAACACCUAACCCUCAGUUAGAAGGGGUUUUAUUUUUCCUUGAAAAAUCCUGUAUUAAUGAAGUGUGGCAAAUACUCAGAACCAGUCCCAAGAGGACUCCUUGCUCAAAGAGAGUACUGGAGAUAAUACACUGAGGCUCUUGCAAAGAUUAGGAGAAAGAAGGGAAGCUAAAAUAGAGACCACAAGACAGUAAAGGAUGUUGUCAUGCAUUGAACAUUAGCAGGAAAGCAAGAUGUGGUAGGACUGCUCCUGCUCCCACAGAAUGAGAUUCAUGGAGGAGUUUGUCAUUAACUACGGUGGAAAUUAUCCUGAGCUUUUUGGGGGCCUGAUGGCUUCUCUCAUGCACUUCCCUGUGUUUUUUCCAAAAUCAAAGUCUUUCAGCAAGAUAGUUAAUGGAAGUACUUACUUCUGGAAGGGGAUGUGUUCAGCUUGACAUUUAUGACCCACCCUAAAGUAAAUCCUUAGGAGUGGCUGUUACCACAGAUGGUUCUGCCCCACUGCGGGAGAUGACCAUUCAUGUAAGGGAACAUCACUCUUCAGUAUCCCUUAGGACUCGAUUUAGCUUUGACCUGCAAGGAUAUGUGCUUCUCUAAGUGGUUUUGCAGUGGUAUCAUCACUGUACAGUAGUCACAUUUGGUUAAACAAUAGACUAGCAUGACCUUUUUAUGGAUUGGAAAUACUUUUGCCUUAAUAGGAUUUAAAAACAUGUACUUUACCACCGUUUGAGUGAGAUUUAUGUUGUAAAGCUUUGCCUUCAGCUCUAAACUGCAUUUCAUAACAUAACUAAGUAUUUAUUGUUUGGGGUGGGACAUGGUAAUAUUUUCUGUUUAUGAUGGUGGAUGGAUAUCACAGGAAGUCUGCCAGGCAUGUCUUCAUUCUGGGGUCCU